AUGCAAUCACAAGACAAAGAAAAUUUAAAAUUAAAAUAUAAAAUAUUAAGUAUAUCAUCUAAUGACAAACAUCAUGAUGUCAUGAAUUUAUUAAAAAAUACAGGUAAUGAAAUUUUUAAUCCAUGGUUAAGCGAACAGAAUUGUACAUACCCUCAAGAAAUUGUUUUACAAACAAAAUCAGCCAAAAUUAAAUAUUUAGAAUUUUUGUGUCAUGAAUAUUGUAUAACCAAGAAAAUUGAAAUAUUUGUAUCAAAUAAUAAUAUAGAUUAUUCAAAAGUUGGUUUUUUUAGAUUUAAUGACAAUUUUUCAACAAAUUAUUGUGCUAGAGAACUUAAAUAUGUUUAUUUACCAUGCACUAUAAAAUGUGCUUAUAUCAAAUUAAAAUUUUAUAAUCCAUAUCAUAAUUACUUAAAUAAAUAUUCACAAAUUGGAUUGUAUUGUCUUAAUAUAAUUCCUGAAGAAUUCCCUUCAAAUGUACUUCCUGAGGCAUUAACAACAUCUCAUAAAUUAACCUCUUUAGUUAAUAAAAAAAAUAAAAAUUAUAAUGAUAAUUUAAUAAACAAUAACGAAAAAUUAAAAAAAAAAGAACUAAAUAAAUAUGAUUCCAAUGUUAGUGAUAAUAAUAUCUCAGAAAUGAAUCCCACAUACUCACAUAACUGGGAAAAUUAUAGAAGAUCCUAUUCUUAUAAACGUGAUAAAAACAAAAUUAAUACGUUAUAUGAAAAAUUAGAAAACAAAAUAAAAUGCUUUGAAAAAUUAAAAGGUGAAUGUGUAGUAAAGGAAGAAUUCAAUAAAGCAAAUGAAUUAAAGAAAAUUGUAAAUAUAUUCAUAUUUUUAAAAAAUGUUAUAACUUUUUUAAAGGGAAAAAAAAGCAAAUAUGUUAAAGAAGAAAAUUAUGGAAAAGCUAAAAAAUUAAAAGAAAAAGAAAUUAAAAUUAAAAUUAUUAUACAAAACAUAGAAGAAUUAAAAGUUAUACAUAAUAGUUCAAAAAAAUGGUAUUAUGAAUGGUUAGUUUUAUAUUAUAAAGAACUUGAAUUGCAUGAAAAAGAAAUAAAUAAAAUAAUGUCUAAUGAAAAUAUAAAAAAUAUAAAAAAAAUUUGUGGAAUUGUUGACCAAGAUAUAGAUAGAAAUGAUGAUAGUGGUAUUGACUUAAAUAAUAUUCUUAUAUUCAUUGGUAGCGAUAAUGAUAAACAACGAGAAAUGGGUUAUGACAUGGCUUAUAAGCCAUUUGAAUUUCAUGAAAAAACAAAAAAAAAAAACGUUUGGUACAAUAAUAUAGAAUCCUUAUGUUUAAUAAUCAAACGUGGAAUAUCAGAUAAUUCUUAUUAUAUAUUUGUCAAAAGUGUUGUUAUACUAGAAAAAAUGUUAAUUAUGUUCCAACAUUAUUUUUUAAAAAUGGACAACAAUACAUUUGUUGAAGAUAGUACAAACGAAAAAAACGUAAAAUAUCUUAAUUUCAUAAUUUCUUCACUUUUAAAACGUUUAGAUGAUUCUAAUCUUGAUAUUGUAGAUAUUUCCAUAAAAACGAUAAUGAUGAUGUUGCAUAAUAAAUUUACCUCUUUUAAAAAUGUCUUUUCCAUCAUUUUAUCAAUGCUUCUUUAUUUUUUUUCAAAUGAUAUAACAUCAGAAGUAAAUGAAAAAAUAAUUGUUAGUUUAAUGAGUUUUUACUAUUCUUUGAUAAAUAAAUAUUAUACAUCUGUAAAAGAUGAUAUUAAUUUAAAAAAAGUAUUGGAAAUAAUAUUAAUGUUUCUGGAAGUUAAUGUUGAAGCUAUUAAGCAAACAGCAUUAGACUUCUUUGUUAAUAUGUAUAAUAUUGUUGAAAAUAGAGAUGAAUUAUUUGAAGAAUUUUUAUUAAAUGUUUGUUCAGAAACUAAAAGUUUAAUAAUAAAACGAAUAAAUGAAAACGAAAAGAAAAAACCGGAUGAGUUAGAAAAUUUUAAUGAUGAAAAAAAAGAAGAAAUUGGAGUGAUGUUUCAAAAAAGUAACUUUCUUAAAGAUAAUAAUGAAUUUAUAAAAGAAAAUACGUAUCUCAAUAAAAGUCAUUUAAAAGUUAAGGAUUUUAUAACAUCUGAAAAAAACAACAUAGACAAAAGUGAACAAAUUAAGGAUCUUAUUAAGAAUACUAUAGAAAAUAGGGAAAAAGAAAAUUAUACAAUUUUAAAUAAAAUGGAAAAGGAUAUUAAAUUGGUUGAUAUAAAUUCGAAAGUUUCACUUGACGAAAAAAGUAAUUCCAAAAAAAACAUUACAGAAGACGUACAAUAUGAACAUCUAAAAGCAAGUGACGGAAAAAAUGAAGAAGAUGAAAAACCAUACCUUAAUAAUUCAGGAUCUUCCCACAAACGUGAAGAUUUAAUAAAUGAUCAAGAAAAUCAAAAUAUUAAUAUAAAAAACGAAGAAAAGGGUAGUAUACAAAUUGAUAAUACUAUAAAUAAAAGUGAAUCAAUGGAAGAUUGUACCAAGUUAGAUGAAAAUGAAGAACCAUAUGUUCCUCCUUUUACAUGUAAAUAUUGUUUUAGGACAGAUGAAACAUUUACUGAAAUAGGUUUAGAAAAACAUUGGAUUAAAAAUUGCCCAAUGCUUUGUGCUUGUCCAAAUUGCUUCCUAAUUGUUGAAUUAGUUGUUAUUCAUGAUCACUUCAUAUCAGAAUGUUCACAUAGUUAUAUGUAUACUCCAUGUGAAUAUUGUAAUAAAAUUGUAAAACAAAAUUUAUUAGAUACACAUGUAAUGAGUGAAUGCAAAGGAAAAAAAACAGAAUAUCUUUCCUGUUAUUAUUGUUCUCUUUGUAUUGAAUCUUUUGAGAUUGAUAAAUGGAGAAAUCAUUUUUUAUCAUGUUCUAAAAAUCCAAGAUUACUUCAAUAG